UGUUAAAAUGCGCACAUACGCGCAAUGUAACCCAACCCAAGUCGUACCGUCAGAAAACAACAGUGACUUCCUUCGUGCGCUGUGUCCCAGCCGCGCAAAUUAGCGACCGCCCUUCGCCAAAACUCUAUCCUGAGGCAGCUUCAAGAUUGUCGCGCAAAACCUAGACAAAGCUCUCUCUUUCUGUGAUUACACCACUUGGAAUUGGGAGUGCUUCUGGAGGCUAAUCAACCAGUCUCGUUGAAUGUACAGGUUCUCAAUUAGUCAAUUUCUGAGCUUUAUGUAUGAAUAAUUGCUACAAACCCAUGCCAAUUUACUCAAAUCUUGCACUUUUAGGGUUUCGUUACUGGGUUGGUCUUGUAACUUUAUUGAUUACAUGAUUAGAAGCCAAUGUACCAAAAGCUUAUAUCUUUUAGGAGAAUAAUGUUGUGGAUGUGAUUUGGGAAAAAUGGGUGAUGUUGAGAUACCCAAUUGGCUGAAAGGGUUGCCAUUGGCGCCCGAGUUUCGACCGACUCAUACUGAAUUUGCAGACCCAAUUGCUUAUAUAUCGAAAAUUGAGAAGGAAGCUAGUGAAUUUGGUAUUUGCAAGAUUAUCCCACCGUUGCCAAAACCCUCGAAAAGAUAUGUUUUUAGCAACUUAAAUAAGUCGCUUGCUAAGUGCCCAGAAUUGGGUUCUGAUGUAAAUUUGUUAAAUGAUUGUUCUCCCCUGAAAACGGGUUCUGGGGAUGGUCGUAGUGAUGGGGAGGCUAGGGCAGUCUUUACCACAAGGCACCAAGAAUUGGGCCAGAGUGUGAAAAGAGUGAAAGGGGCAGCAGUUCAGAAUCCGCCAUCAGGUGUUCAUAAGCAAGUGUGGCAAAGUGGGGAAAUUUAUACUUUGGAGCAGUUUGAAUCUAAGUCUAGGGCUUUUGCAAGGAGCAUAUUAGGUACAAUUAAGGAGGUCUCUCCAUUGCUUAUAGAGGAAAUGUUUUGGAAGGCAGCUUCUGAGAAGCCUAUAUAUGUGGAGUAUGCAAAUGAUGUGCCUGGGUCUGCUUUUGAAGAACCGGUUGGUCAAUUCCGUUAUACUAAUAGGCGGAGGAGGAAGAGGAAUUCUUACCAUAGAAGUAGAGAAAACUCUGAUAGUAAGACAAGUGACCUGAUUAGCAGUAGUGAAAGAGACUCUCAUAGUAUUGAAGUUAAAAAUGCUUCUCCUAAGAAUGUUUCAGAUACAUGUUUAGAGGUAUCCAAAUCAUCUACUGCUCCAGAAAUCUUGUCAGCAGAAGAAACCUCCCAAUCUUCUAGGCGAAAAAAUCCAAAUGCAUGUUGUGAUACAGAAGGUACUGCUGGUUGGAGGCUUUCAAACAGUCCUUGGAACUUACAAGUAAUUGCACGCUCACCUGGUUCACUUACUCGUUUCAUGCCUGAUGAUAUCCCGGGUGUUACUUCUCCUAUGGUUUACAUUGGAAUGUUGUUCAGUUGGUUUGCUUGGCACGUUGAAGAUCAUGAGCUUCACAGCAUGAAUUUUCUUCACACGGGAUCUUCAAAGACUUGGUAUGCUGUUCCAGGAGAUUAUGCAUUUGAUUUUGAGGAACUUAUUCGCACUGAGGCAUUUGGUGGUAAUGUUGACCGCCUAGCUGCUCUCUCAUUACUGGGUAAUAAAACAACUUUAAUUUCACCUGAGGUUGUUGUUGCAUCGGGAAUUCCUUGUUGCAGGUUAAUACAGAACCCUGGUGAGUUUGUUGUGACUUUUCCAAGGGCUUACCAUGUAGGAUUCAGCCACGGUUUUAACUGUGGGGAAGCUGCCAACUUUGGAACACCACACUGGCUUGAAGUAGCUAAAGAAGCUGCAGUACGUAGAGCUGCUAUGAAUUAUCUUCCUAUGCUCUCCCAUCAACAGCUGCUAUACCUCUUGACCAUGUCUUUUGUUUCAAGAGUGCCAAGGUCCCUACUACCAGGUGUGCGGGGUUCGCGUAUGAGAGAUCGGCAAAAGGAAGAAAGGGAGUUAUCGGUAAAGAAGGCUUUUGUUGAAGAUAUGUUAAAGGAAAAUGACGUUUUAUCCGUCCUUCUUCAGAAAGAAUCAAGUUACCACGCAGUAUUAUGGAACCCAGAUUUACUUCCAUAUACAAGUAAAGAGCCCCUAACACCCAGUGCAGGUGCUCCUGUUGAUAUGAAGCCAAAAGAAAAUGCUACCCAUAUUCAGUGUGGAAAUAAUAAUAAUGAUCAGAACUUACUGUUUGAUGAGAUGAGUUUGUAUAUGGAAAAUAUGAAUGAUUUAUAUUUGGGUAGUGAUGAUCUGUCAUGUGACUUUCAAGUCGACUCAGGGACAUUGGCAUGUGUGGCUUGUGGAAUACUUGGGUUUCCAUUUAUGUCAGUAGUGCAACCAUCUGAGAAAGCAUCAGUGAAACUUCAGCCUGAAUAUUUUUUGGCUCAAGAAUUCCCUGGAGUUUCAGGACUUGAGAAAUCUCAUUUGUCUACAGGCCAUCAAGCAUUUGUCAAGGGCUGUGUUACAGAGGAUCCGUCUCUUGUUCCCAAUGUCAUGUCACCUGCAAAGGAUCCCCUAAUACCUUCCACAACCAAGCUUAAUAAGGAUUGGAAUACUGUUAAUAAAUUUCUGAGACCGCGGAGUUUCUGCCUUGAGCAUGCUGUUGAAAUCGUGGAGUUGUUGCAGAGUAAAGGUGGAGCGAACGUGCUUGUAAUUUGCCAUUCUGACUAUCAGAAAAUAAAGGCUCCUUCUGCUGCAAUUGCAGAGGAAAUAGGUUGCUCUUUUAAUUAUACUGAGGUUCCAUUGGAUAUUGCAUCGAAGGAAGAUCUGAAUUUGAUAGAUCUUGCAGUCGAUGAUGAACAUGAUGAAUGUAGAGAAGACUGGACCUCAAAGUUGGGUAUCAACUUAAGGUACUGUGUCAAGGUCAGAAAGAAUUCAUCCUCAAAGCAAGUCCAGCAUGCAUUGACAUUGGGUGGAUUGUUCUCCAAACAGAGCCCGAGCUCAGAUUUUCAGAGGGUCAAAUGGCAAUCCAAAAGAUCUCGAUCUAAAAAGCUUAAUCAUCCAGCACAUUGUAGACCAUGUGGGAGCAUUGAGAAAAAGGAUGAAGUGGUGGAGAGAAAGUCAGAUGACACCUCUAUUAAGAGGGACGAAAAAAUAAUUCAAUAUUCAAGAAGGAACUAUAAGCUAAAAGCAGGUGAUUCAACAGGAGCAGGUAGGAUCUGUGGGUACCCUGCUACUUGUGGAAAGGGUGAUAAACAUGGUAGAAUGGCAUCAGAAAGUAACAUUCGGGACAUUGGGAAUUCCACGAGCAGUUGUGAAAGAUUUUAUUCCUCCAAGUCAAAUAGAAUGUCUGAAACAUAUCCUGUUGUUCAGAUGCUUGAAGCAACCAAGGAUAUCAGUUUGUACUCUACUCCUUCACAAGUUGCAGCUAAACUUGCGACUACUACAUUAAUAGCUGAAGGCGUUGAGGCACAGGUUGAGAAUCACAGUUCGGAAGGAAGAAAUAUGUACGGUGAAGGUUGUGGUUUAGUAUCAAGAGAUAGUUCUGAUAUGCAAGAUGAGAUCGCGAUCCCUGAAGAAGCCAGUGAGAACAAGUCUGAGGUACGAAUGGUGAAUACAGUAAUGGAGAUAUCUUGUAUGAACAGUGAAGUUUGUGAUUCCAUGACUUUGGGUGAUGAAGUGCAGCCAGAAAACCAAACUACCAACAAAAGAAACGACAAGGCACCAGUUUCAUGUAGUUCCCAUCUGUCACAGGAUCCUACUUUUGCUGCGGCUGAGGACUACGAUGGAUGUCCAAGAGAGACCCACAUUGCAGAUGAGUUUAGCAAGGAUGUAUCUUUAGAAUUCAAACUGGAAGAAGAAAUUAAGAGUCUGAAAGGAAGAAAUGAGGAACCCAGUUUAAGUCCUACCAGACAAAUAAAUGAGCCCUCUCCUGCUUCAAUUGAAGGAACUUCAGGAGUUCCUAGAGAGCUCUGUGCUGCAGAAGAUUCAUUCCCUGGUCCAAUUUCAUGUAGUGAAGAAUUCCGGACUGCAGAUAGAAGUGAGGGGGAACAUGUCUCCACCUCAGUGACACAAAUGGAAAUAACUCAACCGUGUAUCUCAAUGGAAGAAUCUUCUCAAGUUCCAAGGGGUUGCUCUUCUGAGGAAGGCCCAGACAAUGGUGUGACUUCAGACACAGUUCAGCAAGAAGUACAGACUACAAAUGGACCUAUAAAGGAACCUAUACUUGGUCUUGUCAUAGAAACAGAAAAUCAGCCAACACCUGGUUCAGUUGAAGAAUUUGAGGUUCUGAGAGUGACCUGUGCUACAGAUAACAUCAAUAGUUUUGUGGCUUUGGAUAAUAAAGAACAGAGAAAAAACCGGACUACAAAUAGUAGUGAGGAACUCAUUUAUAGUCAAGAUAUUGCCAGAUGCCAGCCGUUACCUGCUUCAAUCCAAACAUAUUCUAGAAUUAAAAGAGAGCCUCGUGCUGCUCAAGGCUUACGCAACUCCACUGAAGUUUGCUUAUCACCACUUGAUAAAGAGUUGGAAAGCAGUGGGUCUUCCAUUGCAGACCCUGCACCAAUCCCUGAAAUGGGAAGAAAAAGAAAGAGAGAAGUGGAGCAAAUAAAAGAUGACAAUUUCAAUUUCAAUGGAUUUAUUAGGGGCCCAUGUGAAGGAUUGAGACCAAGGGCUGGGAAGGAUGCAAUGAGUAGAAGCGGGAUAGACAACCUCCACAAAGAGGUGGAGGAGAAGCCAGUGACAAAGAAGGUGAAGAAACCUUCAGAUCCUCCCAAUCCCAAGUAUAAGAAAGAACAAGAAAGGAAGUCUCACAGGUGCGACCUAGAAGGCUGCCGCAUGAGUUUCGGAACAAAGGCAGAGCUAGUGUUGCACAAGCGUAACCGCUGCCCACAUGAAGGGUGUGGUAAGAGAUUUAGCUCCCACAAUUAUGCAAUGAUACACAGCCGUGUGCAUGAUGAUGAUAGGCCCCUCAAGUGCCCUUGGAAAGGUUGCUCCAUGUCGUUCAAGUGGGCAUGGGCACGGACUGAACAUAUACGAGUCCACACUGGAGAGCGGCCGUACCAGUGCAAGGUUGAGGGCUGUGGCCUCUCCUUCAGGUUUGUAUCAGAUUUUAGCCGUCACAGACGGAAAACAGGGCAUUAUGUGAGCUAACCUGCCUGAAGAUUCGUUGUUUUGUUCAGGUUACUUGUGUAACAUAUGAUGGGUAUAAGCAAAAGGGGUUUCUGGGGCCAAAGAGGCCUACAGGAUCUCGUGUAAUCUUCUUUUUUUGUUUUUGGUUAGAAUCUCAUGUAAUCUUGGAUAGUCUGGUUAGGUGUAGAUUAGUACGAAUUUACUUUUUUGUAGCUGCAAUUCACUCACCAAUUAUUUGAAUGCACCGAUAGUUUUCUGUCUA